GAAGAAGAGGACAAUUAGUAGCCAUUAUAAUAUUAACAAACGAUCCAUAAUACCACUAGCAGCUCACCCCUUGUAAAUUUUGCAUACUGAACGAAUUAACACUCCUCUUUCGUCAAAUUUUUUUUUUAUUUGAUUUUCUGGCUCCGGUCGAUUGGUACCUUUGACAUGUCUCCCGCUCAACACAUUCCAGACCAAAUUCCAGUAGGAGCUUUGGCAUGCCAGAAGGAUACAUUUCUCAAAACAGCCACUACGAAAUGUAUCGGAUGCUCGGAAAAGCCGGAUAAGAAAGGCUUUUACGAAGUCUUACUACAUGAUACCAUCUUGUUCCCAGAGGGAGGUGGCCAACCCAACGACACGGGCUUUAUCGAUGAUAUCAAAGUUCACAACGUACAGCGUCGAGGACUGCAGCACAUUCACUUCACCAAGGAGCCAGUAGCGGUAGAUAAGGAAGUCACAUUGAAGGUGGAUUGGGAUAGACGAUUCGAUCACGUUCAACAGCACACUGGACAACAUCUCCUCAGUGCCGUAUUAGAACAGGACCCAUACAAGUUUGAAACCGUCGGCUGGAACCUUGGUGACAAAAUCUCCUAUGUGGAACUCGCUCCUAACAAUGGCAGUCUGCCAACUGCAGAACAAAUCAGCCAAGCCGAGGAUGCCAUCAACACACUCAUCUUCUCUGGCGUACCAAUCAUCACCCACGCAGAGAACAACGCUGCCGACGACAAUAGACCCGACUCCCUUCCUAGUGAUUACCGUGGAGGAGUGAUUCGCACCAUAGAAAUUGAAGGCCUCGAUCGAAACCCAUGCUGCGGUACCCACGCCAACAACUUGGCCCAGCUUCAAUCCAUCAAGUUUUUACACACCGAGAAGAUUCGCGGUAACAACAUGCGACUGUAUUUUGUAGUCGGCCGCCGUGUGCUGGAUCUACUCGACUCCUCCUACACGACGUGCAAAUCGUUGACUGGCUUGCUCUCAUGUGGACCGGAGUCGUUUGUGCCUCAAAUCACCCGAUUGCAAACCCUGCAACGUACUCAAGCUAAGACCAUCAAACGGCUCAUGGCGGAGCUCGCUGGCCACGCCGUUACCACGCUGGUUACAGAGGUGAAGGAAAAUCGCUAUGCUAUGGUGCAUCGAGAAGAUGCCGACAUGGAUUAUCUUGUCCUGCUCGCCAACGGAGCAAAAGAGCAAAAAUUGCUGGAAGAAAAUGCCGGGGCGGUCAUCAUCCUUGCUGGCGGUGACCCAUCCGCUGGCGGACCCAUCAUUGUUCUUGGCAGUGAUGAUGAUUCGGUCAAGAAGGCUACGCAAAUUCUCACUCAGCAUUUGGACGGUCUCAAGGGUGGCGGUAAAGGGCGAUGGCAAGGCAAGUGUAAAACUUGGAAAGGAUGGGAUAGCGCUCAAGCAGCCAUCAAAGAGUUGUAUACUAGUCAAUAAAUAGGAGUGCAAGAGAAAAUAAAAAAAAGCAGAAACAGCUACGGCCAUUUGAAUUAUAUUUUUUUUGGUAC